UAUUGAGUUGAAGAGACAUACGAACUCUGACUGCUCGACCAUAGGCGCGAGUACUAGCUUCGGACUCCCGAUACUCUCAUAGAAUGCGCGUCCGUGAAGUUUUCUUCUCUUUCCGUUCUCCUGAACAGACACAUCCCCGUGGCCUUGACCGUGUAUAACCCCCGCCAUCUCUCCGUUGGCCUGCAUCGUCGUCUCGGUCGUGGUCAUCGUGUUCGCAAAAUACCGUCUCGGCAAUCGGCUCGCUACCCUGGGGGCGAUGGCGCCCCCAAACGCUUGGAGAAGAAGAGGACGUAUGACGCCGAAUCUCUCACGAUGUGAAAGCACGAACGAGGUGAGGCCAGGUACGAACCGUGCGCAGUUGCGAGAUGCGUCAAGGUAGCUUUGACUCGUGGUGUGCUUGUUCUGCGAAAAAACGCCAUCCUGCACUCCACUCGGCACGAAAUACUGACCAAUCGGAGUGCAAGAUAUCUCCGUAUCACACCAUUGAGCGUUUGCUGAAACUUUGUCGUGGUACAACAAGACUCAUCUUGUGUUAUGGUGAGCUCAAUCUUUCUUUUUCUCUUUACGUAGUUUGUCUACCAUCAAUCCUGCUUGUUUCUCAGCAUGAACCAUGGAUUCAGCCUGCUCGUCAAUACGUCUUGGGCACCCUCGUCUGCGCCCUUGCCCAAACUUGUUUGAUGUCACCGACCAUCUUCACACAAGUGUCCAAACUUGUCACUUUUGAUCAUAACAGACAUUGCUUCCCAACGGCAUGGUACCUAGACGCACCACCAAAGGUACCGUGCCCUUGCCUAACACUAGCCCUUGGCUUCGACCAUACCUUUCCCGACAUCACGCCAUCAGGGUACCACAUCACGACACCCGAGUCAAGCACAUUAUCCAUAUAUCAAACAAUCCGCAUCUCCAAAGCUUGUCAAGGACACACAAUCGGAAUAUACCAGUAUAGAUUCAUCACAACAUACAGCUACAUGACCACCCGCAACACAAAAUACGCCAGAUGUUCCCAAUCAAAAAGCCUCCAUCCAUCUCGCAUCCUCAUUGACUAGCAUUAGUCGGAUAUCUCAUCGGCCGUUAUGACGUCUCCACAAAGGGAGAGAAAAAGAGAAGACUGUUCUCUAUGGUGUAGGAGGUGAAGGAAAACGCUGAAUCGCAAGAGAAGGACAAACACCACCUAUCGUUGGAAAGGUCCCAUGGUUGAAAAGCACGACAACGCCGAUGAUAUGCAGUUU